AUGCAUUGGGUAUGGGGAGUACUCGCCAUCGUCGGAAUGACGAUGGGUCAGAGUCCCGUUUUCAAGAGGUUCGAGUACAAACAUUCGUUCCGUGCCCCGAAUCUUGCUCACGUGACGGCUCCAUACCCUUUUGGAUGGUACACUGCUCAGAUGGGUGCGCUAGGUCCGGUGUUCGGUGCCAACGACUUCUGGACCGGAAUGGGUUGUCACCGAGACUUCCGCAACAAGCCGCAUCCAAUUCGACUUCGUAUUGAAUAUCUGAGGAACGUACUGAGCGUAUUCGUCGACGACGGCAUGCAGCCAACUCCCAGAUAUGAGGCGUGCAUAAGUUCUGAAGGUUUCAAAUUUUGUGAAUCUGCUAACACAUUCCUGAAACACUAA